UAGUGAAAGUGAUAUAUCCUUCGUGAGGAUCGCGUGUGUGCGAUUCCCGUUCAUCUACGUGUUGGUGCAACCACGAACUAGUGCUUCCCGAAACAGUCCCUAGUCAGCGGUGCCGCAGGAUGAAACAUUCGCUAGUAUUGCUCCCCCUUGCGGGACUCAUCACCCUAGCGGCGGCCCAGUACGGACCGGCACCGCCGAGGCUGAACAUUCCGGGUGCGAUCGCGCUGCCCCCGAUCCGUGAGGAGCGCCUCCUACCGCAGCACUCCCCGCAAGUAAUACGCGUGCGCCGUCCGGGUGCGGUCCGCAUCGCCGCCCCGAACGCCAUCCACCACCACCAGCUGCCGUCCGCGGUUCCCAAAUUCCACGAUCCGACGGGCCCGAUCGAGCACAAGCCGGUCACCGAGGAACCGGAGGACGACUUCCGGCCCGGCUUCAUCCCGCAGCUCCAACCCCACCUUCAGCCCGCACCGGUGGUCCCAGCGGCCCCGGUACCGGCACCGUCCCCCCCGGCCCUGCAGUUCCCGAUCCCCGCGGACGAGCAAACGAGCGAGCGCGAACUACAGCCCACUGUUCUCUCUCGCUUCAAUGCACAGGAAAACCGACCGGCACCGAUACCCCGUGCCCAAAUCCCGGAGCGCUUCUUCGCCACCGACAAGGAACCGCAGCGGUUCCCGGUUGAGCGGCCACAACCGCAACCACAACCGACCCCCAAGCAGUACCGACCGGCGCCCCAGCAGAUCGCUCGUCCUGCACCGAUCGCCGCUCCUCAGCAGUCGUUCCGACAGCAGCAGCACUUCCAGGACGAGGAUCGCCGGCCAGCGGUUCACCAGCAGCAGCAGCAGCAACCGGCCCGCCAACACCAGCAGCAGGAGCAGGACCGCAAGCGCAAACCAGUGGCACAGAUUCUGCGCAAAUGGCGCGAGGAACACGAGGACGGUUCGAUCACGUGGGGCUUCGAGAAUGACGAUGGUUCGUUCAAGGAGGAGACGAUUGGCAUCGAUUGCGUCACGCGCGGUCGCUACGGGUACGUCGAUCCGGACGGUGAGAAGCGUGAGUAUACGUACGAAACCGGCAUCCAGUGUGAUCCUAACCAGCGCGACGAGGACGACGAGGACAACCUGGAGGUAGACUACCAGGAGAACAAGGCAGUCCUGCCGAACGGGGUUCGGCUGGAUCUGAACAACAUGGGCAAGAAGCAGUCGAAGCGACCGGGCGGACAACAGCAGCAGCCCCAGCAGUACUACCGCAACUAGGCGGUUGACCCACGGGUCAUCUCACCUCAACGCACGAUGGCCGGAAGUGAAAUGAAAGCGAAUUCGAAUGUAGGAAAAAGUUGUAUUUAUUACAAACACACGCGCUUAUCGCUUUCAAGGGACAUCCUCUUACAUAGUUUGUUUGUUUCUAAGACUUAAUUAAUGAGGAAAAUAAUCGAAACUGCACAAGGUGAAAUAAAAAAAAAGGAUUCCGUUACAAUGUGACGAAUAUG